AUGAGUAUGAAUAAAACGAUUUGUAUUAGUUGUCACGCUUUCAAAUGUUCCGGACGUGGACUUAUCUUACCUUUCGGAAUCGAAGCAUGUAUACCAAUACCGUUACGUGCUACACUCUAUUUUAUUUUUUUAUUAUAUUUAUUUCUUGGAAUUGCCAUUAUUGCCGAUAUAUUUAUGAGUUCAAUAGAAACAAUCACGUCAAAGAAAAAAAAAAUACAUUAUCCCGAUCCAAAUGAUUCAAAAAAAUUUAUAGAUGUUGAAAUAAAAAUAUGGAAUGAUACAGUAGCUAAUUUAACAUUAAUGGCUUUAGGUUCAAGUUCACCAGAAAUAUUAUUAUCAAUAAUAGAAAUUGUUGGAAAUCGUUUUGAAAGUGGAGAUUUAGGACCGGGAACCAUUGUUGGUUCAGCGGCUUAUAAUUUACUUAUCAUAUCCGCCAUAUGUAUAUCAGCAAUCCCUACUCCAGAUAUACGUCGAAUACGCAUGUAUAGCGUAUUCAUGAUUACGUCAUUUUUUGGAUUUUUUGCUUAUAUUUGGUUAUUUCUUGUUGUAAGUGUUAUAUCACCCGAUGUUAUUGAUUUAUGGGAAGCGAUCAUAACACUUUUAAUGUUCCCACUUGUCGUAUUAUUAGCGUUUGCGGCUGAAAAAGGUUUUUUCUUAAAACGUCAGCCAGACAUGGAAGAGGAAGAAGAGAAGAUGUUAGAAAGUUCUCUUGAUAACAUGAAGUUUGAAGAUUAUAAAAGUGAUCUUUUAAGUUUUCUAAAAGAAAUUGGACAAACAUCUACGCUUACAUUAAAAGAUAAAGCUGAAUUAUUUGCUGCAAAAUUAUCUGAAAAAGCACCACGUUCUCGUUCACAAUAUUUUAUGCAAGGUACACGAAUGUUUACUGGUGGAAAAUCAUUAUUUAUGAAACCAGCUGAUAAAAUAUUAGAGCUCUCCAAAGGUAUGAACACACGUUCAUCUUUAGCUGAUAUACAGAAUGCAGACUACACGGAUGUGCGUCAAUUAGCGGCAAGUAUUAGAACCCAAGAUGCGCAAGGUCAUUCAAUAAUUGAGUUUUCAUCUACAUCUUAUGCUGUGCUCGAAAGUCAACAAUAUGUUGAAUUAAUAAUUAAUCGACAUGGUUUAACUAAUAUAGCGAGCCGAUUUCGAUUAGAUACAAUUGAUGGCACAGCUACAGAAGGUGAAGAUUAUAUUAAAUUAGCUGAGGAAUUUGAAAUGCAACCAGGAGAAACGGAAAAAAGAAUUAGAGUGAUAGUGAUCGAUGACAAUCAAUGGGAGCCAGAUGAAACAUUUUUUGUGAAGAUGUCAUUACGUAAAGAUAAUGAAGAUCGUAAGACCAGACUUGGAACAAAAACUGUUGCACUAGUAACAAUAAUAAACGAUGAUGAGCCUGGUACACUUGAGUUUGAUGAAGCAGUUACAUUUGUUAAAGAAUCAGCUGGAAAAGCCGUAUUAAAAGUAAUUCGUUCAAAUGGUGCUGAUGGUCGUAUAUCAGUCAGAUAUCAAACAAAAGAUAUAGAUGCUGUUGGAACAAAAGAUUAUAUUAGUGUUGAAAAAGAACUAGUAUUUGAACAUGGUGAAAUAUCAAAAUUAAUUGAAAUUGUUAUCAUAGAUGAUGAUGAAGAGGAACAAGAUGAAUCAUUUUCAGUUGAAUUGGUUGAUCCCCAAGGUGGUGCCAAACUUGGAAAACGUUCAAGAACAGUUGUAACAAUAAUCAAUGAUGAUGAAUACAAAUCGAUGGCAGGUCGAAUGUUUAAUUUAGUUAAACUUGAUAUUGAUCGUUUAAGUGUAUCGAGAAGAACAUGGACUCAACAAUUUUAUGAUGCAUUGAAUGUAAACGGUGGUGAUCUUGAAACAGCUACACUAUCACACUACAUUGGACAUGUUAUUGCAAUUUUUUGGAAGGUAUUGUUUGCCUUCGUUCCUCCCACACAACUUGCUGGCGGAUGGUGUACAUUUAUUGUCUCAUUAAUCUUCAUCGGUGUACUAACAGCUCUUGUUGGUGAUGUAGCAGCCAUUUUUGGCUGUUUAGUCGGAUUAAAAGAUAGUGUAACAGCCAUAUCACUUGUCGCUAUGGGUACAUCAUUACCGGAUACAUUUGCCAGUAUGAUUGCAGCUAAAAAUUCCAAAACAGCAGAUGAUGCUAUAGGUAAUAUAACAGGAUCAAAUAGUGUCAAUGUAUUUCUUGGCCUUGGAUUACCUUGGGUUUUAGCAGCCAUUUACUGGGAAUCAAAAAAUUUACCAUUUACAGUUAAAGCUGGUGAUUUAUCAUUUUCCGUGAUGAUAUUUUCUAUUUGUUGUAUUAUAUCAAUGGCAAUCUUAAUAUUAAGAAGAUUUUUGGGAGUAUUUGGUAAAGCUGAAUUAGGCGGAACAAAAAUUCCAAAAUAUGUUUGUUCAGUUAUUUUUAUUUUAUUAUGGAUUAUUUAUAUUGGAUUAUCGUGUUUGCAAGCGUACGGAUACAUCAAAUGGUCAGCAUAA